AGUUGCUCAUGCUGUCCGGGCUACAUGGCGUCAUGCUCCUGCUCUUGGUCGGGGGAGUGAUGUGGGCCGUGUCAUACCUUAGCCGCCCGAGGAGGGGAGGGAGAGGACGGGGGUUGAGCAAGGAUCUUCCGAAGGGGCCAAGGGAGGCGCCUGACAGUGAAUGCCUAGAGGACGAGAGUCUCCUGACCCAUCUCGUGACUGAGCACCUCACCGAUCACGAGCAAGGCCAUGCGCACUAGGUAGCAUGUAAAGAAUACUUUAUCUUAUCUUAGAAGUCUGUUCACCUAAC